CACUCUCUAUAAUUCAGCUAUACUGCAAGACGGAAUACUUCAUCAAAUGGCUAACCUUAUCCGGUCUCCAAAGUCGGGUAGCGAUUGGACCUUCUACGAACUCAUGGCAUACAAUAUAUCACCGUCACGGCUCAGCCACCUGAACAGUUUUUUUGUCGAAACCCUGAACCGCUCUUGGCGGGUACAGACUCGUCACUCAUUGAUUCCGCUGUAGGUGACGAGGAUGUCUCAGACGCCACUUUCGAGUAUCUCGGCUACCUUGACCUGGCCACCAAUGCCAGUCAAGGCAGUUUCCUUAACACAUUCGCUCAGGAGACUCUUCGCAUACUCGGCUUCAUUGAACGUGGCUUGGUUUCCACCACACACCACAGUAUCCCACUAACGAUCUGUGGCGAUAACCGCCGAGUUGCACAAACAGAUGUAUGUCUAUUCGAUCAGCGAUCGAUGAUGGUCUUGCUUGUUUUGCAAGACAAAACAGUAUUCAAUGCAUCUCAGCCUGAACCACAAGUCAUCGCUGCUGCGAUUGCCGCGUAUCAGAAUAACAACGAGAAAAGGCAGUUCAGAUCACUUCCCCCCCUUGAUGCCAUGACUAUUCCAUGCAUCACUAUGGUUGGCACGCGACCCAUCUUCUAUCUCGUCCCUGUCACUGAAGCGCUCAGCGUUGCGGUUGCGACCGGUCAGUGCCCUGAAGCUCGAACAACGAUCGUGAGGUGUGUCACCUCAUUAGGGCACAACCAUCGAAUCAGUCAAGGAAUGGAGACACCAGAGUACAGGCGCGUUGCUUUUCAGCGCUUUCUCGCAUUCAAAGACCUUGCGAAGGAGUAUUGGCAGACCUUCAUCGUCUGACUGAUGUCGUGCAUGUGCCUCUAAAACACUUCGUUCCAAUAUUUGACCAAGAUCCUCCAGUGGCUUUCUGUGAUUUUGCAGCCUGCUGUAAUAAUUUCUUGAUCCGACUGGUAGACACAGAGUCUGCUGACUAGGUGACCCCAUUGUCGCCGAUACGCUGGCUUUGCACUUUCAUGACUUCGGAUGGAGUUUUUCAUAAUGAGGACUUUUUUUUUGCGUGUUCGUUGCACUGCUUGACUCGGGGGAGGAGGGGAAGGAGGGUUGUGUUGUCCAAGAGUAAACAUAGUUAACGACUUGAGAAGGUAGAGC